AUGGAGAAGACCCGGUUCGCCCUGCGGGAGGCAACGGCUGAGAUGCACUGGUACGGGUUCCGGGCGUGGCUUGACUUGUGGAUAAGGUACAUUGGUUGGCUGAAGAAGCAUGACUUGCUCACGGACGUUUUGAAGGUUGACCCGGCCCUGGCGCUGAAGGAAAAGAAGUGCUUGAAGGCCUACUUUCUUCACUUGGAAGAAGAUGACACGGUCCGGAAGAAGCCCUACACCCCAGGGGCCAUCCGCUUGGUCACACGGAACCUGGUGGCGUGCCAGCAGGUUUUGCUUGUGGGCAAGCUGAGCCGCAAGAAGGAUGAAGCGGCGAAGAUGCAGAAAUGGAAUGACGUUGCGCGGGCCUUUGGCAAGACUUCUGAGGAAGCCCGUGCCAUUGCAGGACCUGGCCUGCCAGCCCCGCGCAAGGACGUCCAAGACACCGAGGAUGAGGAAGAUCCGCUCACUGCCCCGCAGAUUAUGGGCAUGGCGGAAGCGUUCUUAGACAAGAUCCGGAAGCUCAAGAAGCGCAUAGCCAACCUGCCGGACGACACCGAUGAGGCUGCCAAAAACUACAUGAAGUACAGGCUUGCCACCUACAAGGCUGCGUACCUUGCGGCAGUCGCAAUCAUGGAGACGUGUGAGAGGAUCGGCGCGGUGCUACACCGCACCCUCCGGCGGAGCCGGAAGAACGACACUUUCGAGUUCGUACCGGCUGGCAUUGCACCCACAAAGACAAAGAAGGCAAAGCGGAUGAGCAAGGGCUACUUUGUGGCCAAGAAGCUGCUCUCGAAGGAGUGGACACGGAUGUUCCUCCAGUUCAUGGAAACGGACCAGCCCCACCUUGUCUGGGUCCACGGCCAAGGCAGCAUCAAGCCGGAGGUGAGAAAGGGCUUUGGGGAGAAGGUGAUCUGGAGGAUGUUGCCCCACGACAAAUUCCGGAAGCUUGUGAAAAUGGUGGGUAAGACGCCCUCCACUGACAUCAGGACAGCUGCGGAGGCCAUGCUCACAUCGAAUCCUGCGCUACUCUCCACUCUGCAAAACCAAAGAACCCUGCAGAAAUUCCUGGGCCACGACGCUGGCACCUCCUUGAAGCACUACCACCUUGCGGACUCACGGCUCAUCUCCCAGCAGCUUCAUGCGGUCACUCGCCGCGGCAAGGACGACGAGGAAGAGGAAGAUGAGAAGAACAAAGCUGCCAAGAAAGCGAGGAAGGGCAAGAAGUGA